AACAACCCCUUUCCCCCCUCCCUACCCAUAUUGGGCGUGUCACCUGCAUCGGCAGUACAGCCGCUUGUGCCCACGCAGUGAGAAAGCGCCGCCUUUACAACAUGGCUCUCUUAUCCCACAAGGUCUUGUACGCGGCCAUUUUCAGUCUCGGCUUAUUAGCUAUCGUCACUCGUCUGGGGAUCGACGGGAACAGUAAGGCCCAUUCCGACGUUACUCGAUUACGUUUCCUGCCGUCUUCAUGGAGAGCAAAGCGGACAUUCUAUGUCACGGCGGAUGAGUACCCGGAGACUGAGUACGUUAUGGGUAUACCUGGUUUCAAUUAUUUGCGCAAUCUCUACUUCUCCAAUGGCACUUUCCUCGUUCUCACAACCAACCCCUCAAGCUUCCCUGAACAAGGGGCAGGAUACAUCUUGUCAGGACUCGUGGACGCUCAUGGGAAGCGCCCUGCUGCAGAGGAGGACAUAUUUGCGAUCAUGUCACCGAAGGAAGCCACGGAUAGAGGUUUGUUACAGCCCGCGGCUAUCAGGAAGGAGGGUAUUAGUAUGUUCUUCAACGAUGUGAAACUGGGCGACCGGAGCUCAUUCUUGGAACAUUACUUCCAUUUCAUUGGCGAGCUGUUCCUCGGUUGUUGGCGUCUUAUGAUUGCUGCCGGCGAGCGUGAGUUUCCUGCACGUCUCAUGUAUCGCGCGAAUGCCACUGAUUGGAGAGAUCGCGCUCGAAUCAAUACCUGGUUCCAGCAGUCUGUAUUACCUGACGCUGCCAUCGAGGGGAGCUCCAUCUUUGAAGACCGCACAGUGUCCCAGAUGACUUUUAUCUACGACAGGAUCGCUAUUGCUGACCGAUGGGCUGCUCACCGUGUCAGCCAGGAUGUUAAAACGUGGAACAAGGCCACUGCCGACCUCCCACUCCUCAAGGUCCCUUCCACAUGGAUGGACCCAAUGCGAAACAGGAUAAAGGCGCUCGCCAUGGCUGAACAAUGCGACAUUCAUCGAAAGCACGCCGGAGUUCCGGUUGUGGUCUAUAUCAACCGACAGUUGACGAACAGGAGACUGAUUGAUGGGGACGCGGAGGCCCUUUUAAAACAGAUGGACAAACUUAAUAAUGAGGGUGUGAUCGAGUUCUACAACGCCGUGAUGGAGGAACUGCCUCGAGUACAACAGUUCUGCCUUGCUUUGAAGGCUGAUGUCAUGUUUGGCGUUCACGGUAAUGGCUUGAGUCAUCAAUUAUGGAUGAAACCCGGCAGUGGUGUCUUUGAGAUAAUGGGGGAAGGUUUUGCUAGAGACUAUGCAAUCCUCGCAGAAAUGAUGGGUCAUGAGUACCACGCCAUUCACUACAACGAGACUUUCCCCCCUGACCGGUGGAGACGUCCCGAUGGGUCUUCUGUCGACCAAGGACCCGACUUCCAUUCUCCCAGGAUAAGGGUCGAUGCCGAAUGGUUUGCAGCGCUCGUCGUCGACGUGGCUCGAAAGAGGAUACCCGUUAAGGAGCCUGAGUGGUCCUUGUCAUUUUAAAUCAUCAAACGAGUCAUUUUGAAACGACAGGAUAUCAUUGCGUCUGAACAUGCUCGUGCAAGUCAUGUAGAGGUGAAUAGACCAAAUAAGUGUAUACGAGACGUAGGCUAUGGCGAGUUAUUCUCGUAUUCUGGAUUUUGGAAUGGCUCCAUAGAACAAUUUCCAUUCGCGUAUUACACCAUGCAUUGUCUUA